CGUUGGCAUCACUUUUGAAGGGUUCAGCAAAAUGGCGGACUUCCAGCGAUGCUUGUCCCAGGGGUUGCUGGGGUAUCUCUGCCCGGGAGACUUGAGCGCCGUGCGCUCUGUGGAUUUCGACUCGGCCCAGCAGCUGCUCUUCGAGCGGUACAGCUACUAUUCCAUGUUGCUAUCUGUUCCGCAAGACUGUGAAUCUUUGGCUGAUCUACAGGCGAUAGAUGCCAAGCACCAUGGAGUGUGGCAGGAAGUCCGAGCGAUUUUCAGUUUUUACCCGACUUCUUUGACCCAUCUGCCGCCUGGUACGUAUUCCGUUGCGAGCUUCAUGAGGGCAUGUGCAGGAAAGGAAGCGCCGCUCAGACGGCAGGUGAUCUUUGAGAUUGCAGCCUUGGCAGAAAAGGAUCACGGCAAUGUAUCCUUUAAGAGCUGCAAGUUUGAAGAGGCUCUGGCUAGCUACACCAAAGCCCUGGUUUUGCUGGGUUUGACAGCGAAAAAAGAUGAUACCACGAGCAAAGGCCUCAUUCUUCCCACAGACCCCAAAAUUUCGAACUCUCCGCAGAGAAGCUUGGAGCUUUCCAUGGCCCUGCUGAGCAAUCGCAGUUUGUGUUUCCUGAAGCUGGGCCGCACCCUUGAUGCCAUUGCGGAUGCCGAAAAGGCCGUGGAAAGGAUGCAAUUUGACGCGGGAAGGCCCGUCAACCUGUCGGCCUACACAAAGGCAACGCAUCGAUUGGCUAGUGCCCUGGUGCGGGCCGGUCGGUUUAAGGAGUCGUUGCUCCACCUUGAUGCCAUUGACAAGGUGAACGGGAGCCGCACUGCGACCAUUGAGCUCCGGGGAGUCAUCAAAAGCUUGCGCCAGAAUUGCUCAGCAGGAAGCUCUGGGUACUCAACAUUGAUCGAGCACUUGCAGGAGCUGAAGGUUGGCCUCAUGCAAGACCUUUUAGUGGCAGAUCCUGAGGAAGCAUGGUUUGUCAUUCGCGAGCAUUUCUGCAACUCCCCAAUGCUCCUCCUGCUGGACAUGCCCGACCUGCGCAAGCGUGUGCGGAAGCUGCCAGGCAAGAUGCUGAAUUUGAUGGCCAUGAUUCAACGGGCCCAAGAUCCAUUGAACCCAUACACCGGGUUGACAUUGACUCGCCACAAUGUGACGAAGUUGGAAGGCAUGAUUGAAAGUGCGUAUCUCCAAUCUGAGAACGAACGCGCAAGGCGCCAGAGCGUACUGAAGCUAGCGGAGAAUGCCAAGUCGGCAAACUUUUCUGCUGAGGCAUUUGCAAAUGAAAUGGGUGUGAGUUUGGAAGAUCAUCCUGAACAGGAGGAAGUGCAUCAGCAGCUGAUUUUGUUGAUGCGCUUCGUCCUUGCCUAUUUGCAACUGGACGACUUCCAAUUUGAGGCCGCCAGAGAGACCUUGCAUCGUCUGAUCUUCCAUGUCACAGUUCACCCCAAAGCUCUGAAGUAUUUCCCGGAUCACAUCAAUCAAAUGAAGAGCCCAGAAAGGCGGGAUUUCAAGAAUCCUUACCUUGGCUCACAAGAAUUGGACAUUGUCCCUUUCCCCAAAUGGUAUUUGGGAGAGUUGCAGCACCUACUUGCUCUCUGUGAAUGUGGCCGUGGAGACUGGCGAUCCUGUCAACAAGCUAUCGAAUCCUAUUUUGACCUCAUUCCCAGAACUUUUCAAGACAGGAACUAUGAAAGCGCCUUCUUCUUAAAGGCCUGGUCUGAGCUGAAACCUCUACAGCUGCAGCGGCCCAAAGAUUUUCCACAACUUCGAGAGCAGCGAAGAAAAGCCCUGCUGAAGGAGGCGACUCCGAUUUGGAAAGCCUUGGAGGCGGCAUACAGCGAUUGCGCAGGGGCGUUCGACAGCGAGACAUGGAUGGAGGCACGCUUCUAUCAUGACCUGCGCUUCAACCCCCUGCCGGAGUCAUUUCAAGAGAUUCAGAAUCAUUUGCAGAAGCAGCGGACACAAUUUCAAAUGCCAAGUUUUGCUGGAGAUGACUUCCUCGAUUGCUUUCAGAAUCUGGAGGUUUUCGUUGGUCGUUGCCAAGGAGUCACGGUGCGCUUCCGCAUGUCGAAUGAAGAGAAGGCACGCGAGGCGCGGCGUGGGCGGGCCCCCAGCAACUUGGGAGCCUUUUCUGGCGCUUGGGCGAUGCCAGAUAUGGAGAACGAAUUGUACGAGAUGCAGCAGAACAUGUUCGCUUCGGUGCUUGGAGGUUCAUUUGGAGGCAGCUUGUUUGGAGGGCCCGCUGCCGCAGAAUCAGAGGACGAGGACGAGGACGAGGAAGAGGACGAGGAGGAGGACGAGGAGGACGAGGAAGAAGAAGAGGAGUCUCUUCAGACUACGUGACUACGAGUAACAUGGCAGUCUCAGGAAGCUGAGCACCAGGACCUUGUGCUGGUCAAAGACUAGAGGAAGACUUUGGAACACUAUUUUGACAUAUCCAAAAAACAAGAUCAUGUCAGACGCAUUGAAGGUCUGGAGACAGGUGCCACUCCUUGCUAAUCCCUUUUAUUCUCCCUUUUAUUCUGAUUGAAAAUUUGGGAACGAAUCCUGAGAUUUCGGUUGGCCAUGUCUUCAGACCGACGUCCUGCCUGGGCAGAUUUUUUUGAGCGGGCCAACGAGCCAAUCCAUGGGGGUGAUUGCUCGCCUGCGCCAUACCCGCCCUUACGUCAAGAUAUUUUAAUAGAGUGAUAGGCCCUAACAAUCAUAGGCCAGAUAUAUUGUUGUUUUUCC